CCCCGCCUUGUCCAAUAACCUAUCGCGGUGAAUGACUCAACCCUUCCCUCGUCGACUAUUCUCGCGGCUGCUCAGCAGUUAUGCCCCAGGCCACUACGCUCGCCCAUACUCAAGUUUUCAUCACAAGUCUUUAAGGAAAACAGCCAAUUCGAAAAUGGCGACCCUGUCAACCAGGGCCGGCCAGGAGGUCGAUCGAGCCGUCCUAGAGUCGAUGCUCCGUCGCAGAACUUUCUACUUCCCUUCCUUUGAUCCCUACGGUGGUGUUGCUGGAUUAUACGACUACGGUCCGCCAGGAUGCGCCCUCCAAGCCAAUAUUAUCGAUGUCUGGCGGAAACAUUUCGUCCUCGAGGAGGACAUGCUGGAAGUCGAUACCACAAUGCUUACCCCGCAUGAGGUAUUGAAGACCAGUGGACACGUGGAUAAGUUCGCUGACUGGAUGUGCAAAGACCCCAAGACUGGAGAGAUUUUCCGAGCAGAUCACUUGGUUGAGGCUGUUCUUGAAGCUCGUCUCAAGGCCGAUAAGGAGGCUCGUGGACAAAAAGUUGUUGUAGACGAGGAAGCAGAUGCAAAGAAGAAAAAGAAGAAAGUAAAAGACGUCAAACCAGUCAAGUUGGACGAUGCUACGGUCAAAGAAUACGAAGAGAUUCUAGCAAAGAUUGACAACUAUGACGGUGAUGAUCUUGCUCUACUAAUCACAAAGCACGACAUUCGCAAUCCUACCACCGGCGGAAAUCUCCUCCCUCCCGUCGCUUUCAACUUGAUGUUCCAGACGUCAAUCGGUCCUAGCAGUAACAUGCCCGGUUAUCUGAGACCAGAAACUGCCCAGGGUCAAUUCCUCGCCUUUCAGAAGUUGCUUGAAUUCAACCAAAACCAAAUGCCGUUCGCGUCUGCAACCAUUGGCAAGUCUUUCCGAAAUGAAAUCUCACCUCGUGCCGGUCUCUUGCGUGUCAGAGAAUUCUUGAUGGCUGAGAUUGAACACUUUGUUGAUCCGGAAGGUGGCAAGAAACAUCCCCGCUUUGAUGAAGUCAAGGACGUUGAAUUGUCACUGUUGAACAGACAUGUCCAGCUCUCUGGUAGCACUAAGACAGAAACCAUGACCAUUGGAAAAGCAGUUGCCGAUGGCGUGGUAGACAACGAGACACUCGGUUACUUCCUUGCACGAAUUCAACAGUUCCUCUUAAAGAUUGGUGUCGAUUACUCCAAGCUCCGAUUCCGUCAGCACAUGGCCAAUGAGAUGGCUCACUACGCUGCUGAUUGUUGGGAUGCAGAGCUUCACACUAGCUAUGGCUGGAUUGAAUGUGUUGGUUGCGCUGAUCGUAGCGCAUACGACUUGACAGUCCACAAGAACAAGACUGGAGCUCCGCUGUUUGUCCGAGAAGCUCUUCCCGAGCCUAAGGUUUUCGAACAGUGGCAAGUCAAUAUUACAAAAUCCAAAUUCGGCCCUCGUUUCAAGAAAGAUGCCAAGAAAGUCGAGGCUGCAAUUGAAUCCCUGACUGAGGACCUCAGGGAGAAGCUCUCUUUGGAUCUCGCUAAGAACGGCAAGAUUGAGAUUGACGUAGAGGGCAUCGACGGUGGAAAGGCAGAGCUCGACAAGGAUCUCGUUGCUAUUGAAAAGAAGACUGUAACGCAGCACGUUCGGGAAUAUACCCCCAACGUUGUGGAGCCUUCUUUUGGUAUUGGAAGAAUUCUCUACAGUUUGCUGGAGCACUCAUACUGGCAUCGCGCUGGCGAUGAAGCUCGCGGUGUCCUGUCAUUCCCUCCAGUUGUCUCCCCAACCAAGGUGCUCUUGGUUCCUUUAUCCACUCACGAAUCAUUUGUACCCUUUGUUAAGCGAUUGGGUUUGAAGUUCCGCCGCGCUGGAAUUUCCAGCAAGGUAGAUGACUCUUCAAGCAGUAUCGGCAAGCGAUACGCUCGUAAUGACGAGUUGGGUACACCAUUCGGCAUUACAAUUGACUUCCAGUCAGUCAAAGAUAACACCUUCACAUUGCGUGACCGUGACUCGACAAAACAAGUCCGUGCUACCGAAGAUGAGAUUUUGCAGGCUGUCAAGUCAAUGGUAGAUGGUGAGGAGACAUGGGCAGAUGUUGCGAAACGACUUCCUGAAUUCACCUCUCAAGAGACGGACUAAAUGAGGUUAUGGGAUAACAAAAGAGUUGUAUAAGUAGGGGAAUAUUUUGAAAGAAUAUGAUCUGCCUCUCCGCAUU